ACUUCCUUCCCUUUCAAGUGUAGCGGUUCAGACAGCUUGGUAAAAGAUUCGGAUGGGCCUACUACAUCUACUACACAUAGAUUAAAGAAGGCUGUUUCAACUUCAAGUCACAACACAAGUAUUUUGAGCUAUGGAGUGAAGACCACUAAAGAAGAGAAGGAAAAAAUAGAUGAAAAAGUAGCUACUAUGAUGUAUGCAACAAAGUCUCCUUUUAAGAUUGUUGAGCAUGCAUCCUUUAUAUAUAUGGUGAAUGUAAUGAGGCCAGGAUACAAACUGCCCAGUAGGAGAGAAAUAGGUGGUUCACUGUUAGACAAGGUAUAUGAUAAAGAGUGUGAAAAAAGUGUAGUAGAUUUAGAAGGUAAAACUAAAACACAAGCUCAGUCUAUCUUUUGGACACAAUUGACACAUCCGGUCACCCACACACAUCGGAUUACCUUAGGGAUUGCUAAAAGCUCAAUAGAAACAGCUGAACACAAAUAUAAAUGCAAAGUAUGUAGUUUUGUCACGGAUAAUGCUGCUAAUGUUGUAAAAAUGAAAUCUGAGCUACUUAAAGAUGAUGAGUAUAACUUAAUAAGUUAUGGUUGCUCAGCACACAUACUGAAUUUGUUGGCAAAAGAUUUAGAAAUUGGUAACAUUUAAGAACAUGCUGUGAAGAUUGUUAAGUACUUUCGAAACAAUCACACAGCCUCAGCAGCAUACAAAACCACUGGAGGUUCAGCCCUCAUCAUGCCUCAAGACGUACGGUGGAAUACACUGUCUGAUUGCUUAGAAGGUUACCUAAACAACUGGCCAAUAUUAGUAUCUGUGUGUGAUGGUGAAAAAAGAAACCAACUGGAUCCAGUUAUUAUAAGGAAGGUGAUGG